CAUGCGCCAACGGAAAUGGUUUCCCUAGUGAAAACUGUGGUUGCGGGUCCGCCAUUUUGGCUUGUCUGGUGCAUAGGCUUGAGUGGGGCGAUUGCACGGACAACAGAACCAAAAUGAAGUAGCUUCACAAUGAGGUGUUGCAGACCAAUAAAGAACCCGUACACUGUCAUGUGAGAUUUGUUUACUUCCGCCCCAACCUAAACUGCACGUGUAGUGAAAGGCCAUGGCUGCCCCUGACUCCAUUAAACCCUUCAGCCCAGAAGAUACCCGGAGGAUUCUGCAUCAUCUGCAGCAGCCUGCCGUAUUCAUUACCAUGACCGGUGGCUGGCCUGCUCUCCAUUGGACUGCAGAGCACCUGUCUGGCUGCCUUGGUGACAAACUCAUCCGAUUCAGACUUGGGAGAAAACAGGAGACAAACUGUAAGAACACACCUCUGUUUGAAACCCAGUGUUCCUAUGUGGAGGCCAGACUGGAGCACUUUCUCAGCUGGACCCGGGACCAGCCUGGGGCAGAUGUAGGGCCUUUCUGUGAUUACCCCACCUCAGAAUAUUGGGCUUAUGCUGACUACAAAUACAUUGCCCUAUUGUUUCAACAUCAGCCUUCCAUGUUUGAGGAUGUGAAGUGGUCAGAGUUUGGUUUUGAGGGACGCAAUGGGAGAGAGAGCACCUUAUGGAUCGGCACAGCAGGGGCCAACACGCCAUGUCACCUGGACUCUUAUGGCUGUAACCUGGUACUGCAGGUACAAGGACGGAAGCGCUGGCACCUCUUUCCUCCAGAGGACACUGUGAACCUCUACCCAACCAGGAUCCCCUAUGAGGAGUCCAGUGUCUUCAGCCAGGUGGAUGUUCUGCGCCCAGACCUACGCAGGUUCCCUGCCUUCCAUGGCGCCAGGGCCCACAUUGUCACUCUGCAGCCAGGACAGGUGCUUUAUGUCCCCAGACACUGGUGGCACUAUGUGGAGUCAUUGGAUCCCAUCACUGUCAGCGUCAACUCCUGGAUCGAGUUGGAGGUGGAUGACGUGGCAAGAGUUGGUGAAGCUGUGACAAAGGCUGUCGUCUUUGCCCUUAAAAGUGCACCAAGUGAUGACAACAAGGAUAACUGGCUUAAUCCCACUGAGGAAGGACUAGCAUCCCAUAAUGAGAACAUGCAGUAUGUGAACCUGGCAGUGAGAGCUUGUGAAAGACAAAGGGGCCUCUGCCACAGCAAACUGACCCAGGACCAGAGAGACACCAGUCCAGUCAAGCGGGACUCCAAGGGACAAAUCAGGGAAAAUUGCAAUUUGGUCAGGAAUUCUGUGCCCUUCAGCGUUCCCUUUGGGCCACAUCUAGUCCCUGUACGCUGUCAGCGCGAGUACUUGCCAGAAACCACAUGUGUUUCCAGGAAUCGCAAUGCCAAAUCUCUGGAGGACUGUACUGUCAGCUCAGAUGCAGCACAGAGAACCAAGGUGGCAUCUGCUGUUGGACUCUACCGGGGAAAACAUGAAUGUAGCGAUGGUUUAACUCAAUGUAGACCAUGUGACCAUGCACAUGGUACGUCAGAAAACUCUUCAGGGGAUUAUGAGAAACCAGUUCACACAGAAAUUACCACUAAUGACCUGUUAGACUGCCUGGUGCAUCCUGAUAUCAUCUCCCGUGUCACUGAGCUUUUACUGGAACGGCACACAGGAAGUCACGGGACCACUACACCAUCCUAGCUUUAAUAUUCACAAGACAUAAACAUACUGUAUGUUAAGGCUAGUUUGCAGUAAUAAAGAAAUGUGG